AUGACCAACACAACUCAAGUCCUGGUUGUUGGCGCUGGCCCCUCAGGCCUCAUCACCGCCCUCUGUCUUGCGCAAAACGGCGUCAACGUGCGCAUUAUCGAGAAGCUCGCCCAGCCUCGCGUCGGGCAGAAGGGCUCAGGCAUCCAGCCUCGCACCCUUGAGCUAUACAAGUUCCUCGGUCUAUAUGACGAUAUUCAGAAGCGCGCGCGAUUGCUACAGCCCGUCGCGCAUUAUAAGCAGCCGGGAGGUACAGAGAUCGCGCGCGAGUUCAAUAUGAUCCCGACGGGCGAGGCGACGCCGGAUAAGCCUUUCCCCAACGCCCUCCAACUCGGUCAGAGUCGACACGAAGAGCUCAUCCGCACGCACCUCGAGCACUACGGCGUCAAGGUCGAGUUCGGUACCGAUCUGCUCGACUUCACGCAAGACGAAGACAAGGUCCACGUUCGGGUGUCCAAGGGCGGCGAACCGAACACAGCCACCGAGGAAUUUGAUGUCCCCUUCGUCGUCGGCGCAGAUGGCGGGGGCAGCAAGGUGCGCAAGACGCUCGGACUCAGGUUCGAGGGCGAGACGCGAGAGCUGGACAAGAUUGUCGUCGGCGAUAUUGUGGUGAAGCCGCCGGGGGUAUCGCUGGAUAAAUGGCACAGCUGGGGCGACCCCAAGAGCAAGUUGGUCAUGCUCCGCCCCUGCGAAGCGCCUGACGAAGACAAGGUGGCGCUCUACGUCGGCGGCCCAGACAUUGACUUCGAUAAGGUAGCCUCCAGCGGCGAGGAGUUCGUCAAGGUGUUCUACGAGAUCAGCGGCAGGACGGAUAUUCAGUUUGGGGAGACGUUGGCAUUGUCGACGUUUAGGCCCAACAUCCGUAUGGUUGAUAAGUUCGGCGAAGGACGAGUGUUCAUAGUGGGAGACGCAGCCCAUACACAUAGUCCUACUGGCGGUCAAGGACUCAACUCUUCGGUUCAGGAUGCGGCCAACCUUGCAUGGAAACUUGCUCUUGUUGUCAAGAACCUCGCUCCCCUGAGCCUCCUGCAAAGCUACAGCUCCGAGCGCGUGCCUGUCAUUCGGGACAUGCUUCGCCGCACAACUAAGCUUCUCAACACCACCAUGCGCCCUGGGGACAAGGACCCAAACGAAGGCUGGCAACGCGGAGGUGUGCUGUUCCAGCUAGGGAUCAAUUACCGGUGGAGCGAGAUUGUGCUCGAUGAACGACGUGACCGCGACGACGAAGACGACGAGAGGGAACAUGCAUACGUCGGUGGCAAAGGCAUCUGCGCGGGCGAUCGGGCGCCUGAUGCACCGGUGGAGGGGCCUGUGAGCCGCCUUUUCGAGCUCUUCAAGCUGACGAGGCAUGUGGCGCUGGUCUUCUCGGACGCCGGGGAGGCUAUCGCGGAGGUGGAGGCUGUGGCGAGCGAGCUUCCUCAAGGCUUGUGUGCGGUCGCUGCCGUCCUCCCUGCGUCUUCGAACGGAUCGGCCUCCACAUCGUCAUUGGCGGCGUUGCGCCUUCUUGACGUUGAAGGACUGGCGCGAAGGGCGUACGAAGUGGCCGGUGAUCCAAUCAUCGUGGUCGUGAGGCCGGAUGGGGUGAUUGGGGCGAUUGCAAAGGGCGCCCAAGGAGUGUAUUCGUACUUUCAGCGUAUUCUUGCUUGAAAAAAUAGUCUAUCUUCGUGCUUAUUUUUCUCGGAAAGGAGUAUUUCUUGG